AUGAGUGUGACCUCUUGGUUUCUGGUGAGCAGCGGGGGCACUCGCCACCGACUCCCCCGGGAAAUGAUCUUUGUCGGCCGGGAUGACUGCGAGCUCAUGCUACAGUCCCGCAGUGUGGAUAAGCAACAUGCAGUCAUCAACUACGAGGCUGGGACUGAUGAACACAAGGUCAAGGACCUGGGCAGCCUGAAUGGGACCUUUGUAAAUGAUGUCCGCAUCCAGGAGCAGAUGUACAUCACUCUGAAGUUGGAGGACAAGCUGAGGUUUGGAUAUGAUACCAACCUGUUCACGGUGGUGAGAGGAGAGCUCACUGUGCCUGAGGAGGCUCUAAAGCAUGAAAAGUUCACCAGCGGCCUCCAGCUCAGCAAGAAGCCAUCCAACGGUGAAACCACUACCACCACAACCACAAGCAAGUCUCCCGCAAAGACCCCAACAAAAACACUGAAGUCCCCCAGUGGAGGCACCCUCAGGCUAGGGGAGAGCAGAGCAACAGAUGGAGUCAAACAGCCACCAGCUAAACCUGUGGACAGUCACAAAGCAGAGGACAGGAUAGGAGGGGAUGUUACAGCACUGCCUCGUGGGACCCCUCUGUACGGCCAGCCGUCUUGGUGGGGGGAUGGGGACGCAGACGAUGAGAACUCCUUCAAACAGGAAACCAAGUCAUCCACCAAAAAACAUGACAGCUCCAUGUCAGACAGCAAAGAGUCACGUCGAGGGGAGAAAGCUAAAGAGGACGGCCUUCAUGCGUCCACCGCCCACGAUUCCAGUUACUUUGAGAUCCCUACCAAGGAGGGUCACAUGGCCAAUAACGGCAUCCAUGAGAUUCCCACUAAGGACACGGAGGGCAGCGCCACUCACUCGACUACAGCCCAAGGUCACGCCUCCUUCACCAUAGAGUUUGACAACACAUCUCCAGGGAAAGUCACCAUUAAAGACCAUGUGUCAAAGUUCACUUCUGACCACCACCGAUCUCGCUCCAAGAAGAGUGGGGCAGGAAGUGGAGGCACAGGAGGGAGGGACUUGAGCACACUUCAAGCGGCUAUGAUGGCAUCAGAGAGCAAGGUGGCUGAUUGGCUGGCCCAGAAUGACCCCACUCUGGUACGCAGUGAGUCAACAGAGGACGAUAGCAAGAGCAUCAAGAGCGACGUGCCGGUCCAUCUCAAAAGACUGAAAGGCAGCAAGCAUGAGGAUGGUACCCAGAGUGACUCUGAGAACGGAUUAGGCCUGCGAUUUGCCAACCGCCGCCAUGCCCUCGAGGAACGUCUAAAAGCAGCACACGGCCACGUGGGAGUGGGAGGAGGAGCAGGAGGAGCAGGAGGUGGGAAUGUAACAGUGAGCGGGACCCGAACAACCGGCACCCGCACUGCCUUCAUGAUUGAGUUCUACGACGAGGAAAACCCUCGCAAGCGCCGGUCAUAUUCAUUUUCCCAGACUGCACCGUUGCUGGGGGCAGGAGCUGGUGGAGAGGGACUGUGUCCUCAGCCCCCAUCUCACCCCAAGGUGUUCAGCAUUUCCACCUCUGCUACUACAGCCUCAGAUUCAGGUAAAGCCCCAGCUCCAAUACCGGCUACAGUGACUGUGGGUGCCCCCACGGCUGCUCGCGUGCUGCUCAAGCAGAGGUCAGAGGACCCGAGUAUCGGUCGGAGCUCAGCCAGUACCGGGCUGGCGACCGGUAGCCCCACCAGCCCCAGCGAGGACGCCUCGGUCGUGGGGAGAGGAGCAGGGGCCGCAGGAGGAGAGGCAGAGGAUGACCAUAGCGAUAAGGGGACAUACACUAUCGAACUGGAGAACAGGAACCCGGAGGAAGAGGAGGCCAGGCGCAUGAUAGACAAGGUGUUUGGUGUUCAGCAGAACCAAGACUCCUCAGCUCUGUCAGACCUGAAAGGAGAAGGAAAAGGAAAGGAGACAGGAGAGACAGGGAAAGAGGCUCUUCCUGGUGACUCGAGCUGGGUCUCUCAGUGGGCCAGUCUAGCUGCCAAUCACACCAGGACAGACCCAGAGGGAUCGGGAGCAGAGACAGCCACCUUCCUGCACAAAGAGAGAGGAGCUGAUGCCUUUGAGUCUGGUGCAUCCCUCAGCAGAGGUGAAUCCUCCUCCAGUUUGACAGACCGUAAGCGAAGGACCCUCCCCCAGCUCCCUGCGGAUGACCCCCGGGCUAAAUCCAGCACCAAAGCUCUGAGGUCUGAGAUUGGUGAGAAGCAAGACACUGAGCCACAGGAAAAAGAGAACAAGGGAGACGGGGAGUCCCCAACUCCCAUGGAGGGUAGUGAGAUGACCAGUAAACGGAAACAAAGCUCCACUUCCUCUCCAUCCAAGGCUCCUCUCCGGACCUCUGGCAGCAGUGAGCGGAGGAAGAGGUCAGAGGAGAGGAAAGGAGGAGGAGGAGGAGGAGGAGGAGUAGAAGCAGGAGAGAAGUCUGGGAAGCCUCUAGUGCGCCAGGGCAGCUUCACUAUUGAGAAACCCAGCGCUAAUGUCCCUGCAGAGCUCAUACCACGCAUCAACAGAGGCGGCAGUGGGCGCGAACGCAGCGACUCUGUGGGCAGCAUGGAUACUGCUACGCUCCUGAAAGACACUGAGGCUGUCAUGGCAUUCCUGGAGGCCAAACUAAGAGAUGAAAACAAACUAGACCAGAAAAUCAGUAAAACUGGCAUCACCACUCAGGGUUCAGGUUCUGGCUUCCCCCUUCGGACUGACUCCAUCUCACCUGAGUCAGAUGUGGACACAGCCAGCACAGCUAGUCAUGUGGCCGGAGAGGCAGACAGGAAAGCCGCACCAGGUGGUGUACAAAAACGGCGUUCCCUCAGCAGCAUGCACCGGGAGAAGAGCAACAUGAGCACAGCUUCCAAGACCAGCGUCACGAAUGCAAGCGCCCGUGAGCGUUUGGAGAGAAAGACUAAAACAAGAACUGCAGAUGCGACAAGCCGGACUGAUGCACGCCGCUCUGUUCAGCCGUCCUCUGCCUCCUCCAGAGCACGCCAGCCUUCACUGGAUCUCACUGAUGAUGACCAGACUUCUUCCUUCCCCAUCUCUGACAUCCUCUCCUCAGACCAGGAGACCUAUUCUGGACCGUUGGGGCACUCGGCACAUGGACGCGGCUUAGAUGAUGCCCUCCAUUCCAAACUUGAUAGCAGGUCUGCUAAGAACUCCACCAGUGGUUCCUCCAAAACCAGCCGCACUCUCCAGGCAGCCACAGCCGCCUCCCUGAGCAAGCAGGCGUCGCUGCCUCAGCCACGGCCAACAAGAGCCUCCCUUCUUCGCCGCGCCCGGUUGGGAGACACAUCUGACACGGACCUCGCUGAUGCUGACAGGGUGUCUGUAGCUUCUGAGGUGUCCACCACCAGCUCCACCUCUAGGCCCCCAUCUGGUCGGAAGGGAUUGUCACGGCUGGAUAUGCUGGCUCAGCCGCGUAGAAACCGUCUGGGCUCCAUCUCAGCCCGCAGUGACUCAGAGUGCACAAUGACCCGGAGCUCCACCUCUUCACCCCGCCUAUCAGCUGAGACCGCUCUGCGUCUGGGCCUGCGCUCAUCAACACCCACAGAGAACAGACUGACACCCAGGAUGAGGGCCAGCAGCGUGUCCAAACUAAAUGAGACCAAGACAAAGACCACUACAUCUGGAUACUGCUCGCCCACAGAGAGCUCUCAGCCCGAACCUGAGGGUGGGGAUGCAGAGGAAGAGAUGAUGGUGUCCAGUAGCAGCAGAUGGAGACGUCUGCCGCCAGAGUACGGCUCCACCUCAGAGGAAGAGUUUGGCUCCAGCCGGAAUUCUCCGAAGCAUGGAGGACGCUCCCAUGUGCGCCCUCAUCACCUCGUCCCACACCGCAGCUCAAGGCUCAGCACCACCGCGAGCCCAGGCUCUGCCGCGGUGACGGGCCCGGGUGGAGUGGGGAUCAAACAUCGUAUGAAAGAGCAAGAGGAGUACAUCAGGGACUGGACAGCACACAGCGAGGAGAUAGCCAGGAUCAGCCAGGACCUGGCUAAGGACUUGGCUAUCUUGGCCCGUGAGAUCCACGAUGUGGCCGGCGAGAUCGACUCCGUCAGCUCCUCUGGCACAGCACCCAGCACCACCGUCAGCACUGCCGCCACCACUCCGGGAUCAGCUAUCGACACCCGGGAAGAGUUGGUGGAUCGGGUGUUUGAUGAGAGCCUCAACUUCAGAAAGAUCCCGCCUGUGAUUUCAACCAAUAAGGCACCAGAGAUCAAUGGUAAGCCGGUGGAGCUCCGCCCCCGUGCUCCUGACAGUCUGGAGCCCCGAGCUCUGAGGAGGCGCACCUGGAACCGAGAGGAGGCGGUGUUGGACAGCCUGCUGCUCAACUCAGUUUCUCAACUGUCCUCUAAGAUCAGACACUCUGUUGACAAAACCGCAGGAAAAAUCAGGAUUUUGUUUAAGGAUAAGGACAGGAACUGGGAUGAAAUUGAGAAUAAACUGCGAUCGGAAAGUGACAUACCACUUCUGAAAACCUCCAACAAGGAGAUUUCCUCAAUUCUGCUCGAACUGAAGAGAGUUGAGAAGCAGCUUCAAGUGAUCAAUGUCAUGGUAGACCCAGAUGGCACUCUGGAUGCCCUGGCCAGCCUCGGCCUGACCAGCCCCACCACCCCCGCCAAGCCCCAAACCACCAAAACAACUUCCCCCUCUGCCACCAGCCCUGGAUCUGCACCGCCAGCCAAAGACUCGCUGCCAGAGAUCCUUCCCGGUCCUGGAGGAUCCACACCCUCCACCAGGGUCCAGGCUUCCUCUGCCAGCACAGAGGAAACUGCACGAGACCCCAGUGUGGGUCUGGGGUUAACAGGAGUCGGAGUACUGCCCUUCAACCGCAUGCGGCCGAGCGGAGAGGAGGCCAUCGCACAGAAGUGAACGUAGAAGUUUCCCUGAAAUCAAGGCUAUGUGAAUAAAUAUGAGUCUGGAUUGGAGUGCAGGUGGCUGGUAAUCAGCAUUGACAACAAUGGGGCAAGUAUAGAAACAUUUAAACUGAUUAGCUGACUAUACCACUUUAGGAUUAUGGAUAUAAUAUGAAGAUAAUUUAGCAAAAGCAUUACCAGACAUGGCCGGAAAUGAAGUGCUUCAACUUUAGACUCCACUGGCUGAACCCCAGCUGAUGCAUCAUGGAUAUACCCUUGAAUGGAAAUUGACCCAUGAAUGAUUUGGAUACACGUCUUAUGAGCUUUUCAACCUUAAAGGUCCAGUGUGUAGGAUUCAGUGGCAUCUAGCGGUGAGGUUGCAGAUUGCAACCAAGUGAAAACCCCUCUCCUCACCCCACCCUGUCCAAGCCUGUAGGAGAACCUACGGUGGCCUUCAGGUAACGUAAAAACACGAAGGCCCUCUCCAGAGCCAGUGUUUGGUUUGUCCGCUCUGGGCUACUGUAAAAACAUGACAGUGCUAAAAGGUGGGCUCUGUGGAAGUGGACUCACUCUCUCAUGUAGAUAUGAAAGGCUCAUUCAAAGCUAAUGAAAAUGCAAUUCUUAGUUUCAGGUGAUUAUACGCUUAUGAAAACAUAACUGUAAGUAUUAUAUUCCAUUUCUGCCUAUAGAUCCCUAUGAAUCCUACACACCAGUCCUUUAAACUAUUCAUGCUGACUGGCCAGCCUGACUUCCGGAUGGACUAAAUGCUACCUGGCUGCUCUCUCAGUGGACAGAUCUCUGUGGCUGUACAGUCUCCACUCUUCCUCCAGUCUUCUCCUCUUGCCUUCUCCACGUGUCAGGACCCUACCUACACUAAGGACAUGCCUUAAAACACAUCCGCGAUAGUAGCAGUGUAACCCUUGUCCCUUCAAAUAAUAUACAAGACAACUUUUAAGACUUUAAUACAGUAAUUUCAGAUAAAACAGAAUGCAUUGUAAAAUAACACUUGCAAAAGAUGUUCUAUUUACACUAUGAUGAAAUGCAACACUGCAAUAAUUUAUUAGCUCUUGUUCAGUACAAAGAAUAUUUCAGCAGCCUUAAGUAACCACCUUGACAAACUACACAGUCAUAAACAGACAUGCUUUAUGCCUGAAACAGUUCACAAAUCAAGCAGAAGUUUUAUAUAUUUCAUAACUCUAACUGUCCGUCCAUUGAACCAUCUCUCCAACUGACUCUGUUAAAAAAGAUUUGUAGUGCCUCCCCAUCUCUGUGCUCACCUACCUUUCCUUCACCUAUUAUCUGUUACUCUUCCCUUCCCUUCCUCUCCCUCCCAGAACUUGGAAAAAAUGUUACACCAAGUUUGUCACUUCAGUAGCAUGUACAGGACGGAGCUGAGAGCUUUCUACCUGCCAGUUGGUGUCUGUGUUGAUAUUACUAAUACUGAAUGGUAGUUUACACACAAUAGUAACAGCCUUUGGGAAACCAAUGAUCAUUUUCAGUCAAAGUAAUCACUUACCAAAGUAAACCAUUUUCUUUAUAUUGUCAUUUUCAAACAGUAGAGCCAUCUUGAAAUUCAUCUGUUGUGCAAAAGCUGAUAUAGCAGCAGUUCAUACUGUAUGUUUUAGAUGGAAGCAAACUUCCUCUGAGAUUCACCUCUUUCUCUGAAUGUCAAGACCCUUUUUUCUGUCAACAAAUCAAAGAUGCAAAAAGCUUAUUUAUUAUAUUGAGACACUAGUUUAAUCAUUGCUGCCAUACCUUUCUUUGACCCAUGUGACAUGAGCUGUCAGAAUCAGUGCUCUUAGCCUUUUGCUAUAGUAAAUCCACUCAAGUGUCCUAUGAUUUCCAAUUGGCUUUUUAUACUUUCUUCAGUCACAGGCGACGUGACUUCUUUUUAAAAUGAUGCACUGUACUGAUGAGCAAAGAAAAUAAGUGUGUAAACUAAAUAUUUUAUAAUAUUUAGAUACUGGUAUUGUAGAUGCAACAGACCUUUUCUUUUUAAUGAUUUAAGUCACCUCACAAUAAAUUUCAUUUUCUUUAUCUGUCACUAAACAGAUUGAGCUCAUGUACACACAAAACCUGAACAUUGGGAAAGCUGCUGGAUCUAGUUUAAUUAAAGUCUUGUCAAAAAGAACAUGGGCGACUAACAAAGAGGCCUUUUGUAGUUCAACAUGUUUUCUUUGAGGAACGUCAGUGAGUAGAAAUGAUCACAUCUUGCUCUGUGGAUUUCGCUUGUACUACAGCUUCAUAUCAGUGUAUAUACAGAAGGUGCAACAGGGGAAGUUCCAGCAUCCUGAUCCUGUAGAGCUGCAGACAGACAGUAUAGUUAACCUCUUUCUCAUUGACUUUGCUGCUUUUCAAGUUACUUUAUGGGAACUAACCAUUUUCUGAAUCUCUCUUCACCUUAUAGUCUGUGUUCUAGAGUAAGAUGACUUAAAGGCAGUGUAUUAGUACUUAGAUAUUCUCACAAUAGUGAAUUUAGGUACCAGUAUACAAGUUCACUUCCUUCUCUCUAUACUGUACUGUACAUUAUCGUUCAAUGCCUCCAAGUGCCCAUUUUGACAAUAGAAGGGCAUUGAUUAAAAGAACAAAAAAGAUGUUAGUUGUCUAAAAAAUGAUUUUGCACAUCAGAUUGUGGUGUUUUUUUCAUACAGAAGUAGUGAAGAAGCAGUGAAAGGCUGCAAAUGUCAAAUGGUUUGACAAAGAAUGAUAUCUCUAUGCCUGAUAUCAGAAGUGACUGCCUUGCCUCUCUGGAACUAUUGUCUGUGCAAACGAAGCCUCUAAUCGUGUUACUUGUUUGUUUUUUUUCCCCCAUUUUAUCAAAAAAAAGAAACAAAAAAACAAAUGGAAAAAAAACAAUGAAAUUAGGGGACUGUGAAUGCUAGGUACAUGUUUAUUUUUUAAAUUCUACAUUUGUCAUCUGAUUAGUGUCAUUUUUGUAAAGAAAAAAAAACACCAUUUUAUUUAUUUUUGUUUUAAUAUUUUGUGGAUGUUUCAUGUAUUUUAUAUUUGUUCAACUAUCUGCAUUGUUUCUUACUGUUAAUAAAACAGAGCCAUUCA